AUGGAAAAAGAAGGACCGCCUGGCGUGGAUGUCGAGCAACCACCGCCUGCGCAGCCCAAACAUGACGCUACACAGCCGGUAGCAGAUCCGCUCGCUGACUCUGGAGAUGAUGAUGACGACGACGAUGUUGAAGUGACGAUUGGUGUGAUACCGCCUGUAAAUGUGCAAUACAGUCUUUUCAAGAAAUUAGCUUUCAGCUCUUCUUCUCCUGAAGACAAAAUUUCUGGCUUGUUCCAAUAUAAGAGAAUUCUUAUUUUAGGGUUGGGUCGACCUCCUCCGUUGAUGGGACGAGAUUUCGACCCACUGUUGAAAAGAGAGCCGUCUGAUUUUGAUGAGAGUGAGGACGACCGGAGGCGGCACAAGAGGCGCAGUCGAUCAAGAAGUCCUUCCAAGCGUGAUUCGAGGUAA